AUGGCUCGCAAGGCUGCAUCGACCCAAUACCUGGAUUGGAAGACCUUCAAUGCCGUGGGUGUCAAUCUCGGCGGCUGGCUAGUUCAGGAAUCAACCAUCGAUACUACUUGGUGGUCCAAAAAUUCUGGUGGCGCUGUGGACGAAUGGGGACUUUGUGCCCACCUUGGCAGCCAAUGUGGACCAGUUCUUGAACGCCGAUAUGCCACAUGGAUUACUACUGCCGAUAUCGACAAGCUUGGUGCAGCUGGUAUCAACGUGCUUCGCAUUCCGACUACAUACGCCGCAUGGGUCGAGGUCCCGGGAUCGCAGCUGUACCACGGAAACCAAGUAUCCUUCCUUUCGAGCAUUGCAUCUUACGCUAUCAACAAAUAUGGUAUGCACAUCAUUAUAGACAUUCACUCUCUCCCUGGGGGUGUGAAUGGCUUCCCGUUUGGUGAAGCUGAAGGACACUAUGGCUGGUUCAACAAUGCAACUGCUCUCAAGUAUUCCUUGGAAGCUGUCGAUGCGGCUAUUGCUUUCAUUCAAGGCUCGAACUCUCCUCAAUCAUUCACGCUCGAGCCAAUCAAUGAGCCUGUCGACGUCCAAGACCUUUCACUCUUCGGAUCCCCAUAUUGCCUUACCGAUAGUGGAGCCACUUACUUGGCAAGCUAUAUUCACCAAGUUAUUUCCAAGGUCCAGGCCGUGAAUUCUCAAAUUCCUGUCAUGUUCCAGGGCAGCUUCAAGGGUGAAGCGUACUGGUCUUCGAAUUUCAGUGCCGGAACAAACUUGGUGUUUGACUUGCACAAUUAUUAUUUUGCAGGCCGCUUGGCAAGCUCUGCCAACAUCACGGACUACAUUUGUGAAGAUGCCGCAAUCUCUGCAGGAGAUGGAAAAUUCCCAACAUUCGUUGGAGAGUGGUCGAUUCAGGCUGAAAUUGAUAAUACCUUCUCUUCACGCCAAAAAUCGCUCCAGACUGGUCUUGCUGCAUGGAAAAAGUAUACUCGAGGCAGCGCCUAUUGGACUGCAAAGUUCACGGGAAAUGCCACGGUCAGCGGCCAGGGUACACAGGCGGAUUAUUGGAACUAUGAAACAUUUAUCAAUCUGGGUUAUACAGGAUCCACGUCCAGCGCUGUGGCAUGCUAG